UGAGACAGGGUUUCUCUGUGUAACAGCUCUGCCUGUCCUGGAACUCACUUAGUAGACCAGGCUGGCCUCGAACUCACAGAAGGUGAUAAUGAGUUUGAGACUAGUUACGGCUUUCCGAGCUCUUCCCUGCUGCUGUCCACAAGCAGCCUGGCUUGUACUCGGUCAGCUCUGUGCGGGAGCUGCUGGGGUCAACGUGCUAGACGUCCUGGGUUCAUGACAGGGCUAGAGGAUUUUCAGGCUGAAAAAAGCAGACACCCACUCCAAGGAACCAAGUUCAUCCCGUGUUAUAGUCUUGAGUACCCGGUUGUCAAAGGAGCAACGUGUCUACAUGUCAGGUUGAGUCGGUAGUCUCAUUCAAAGUUUGCAGCAGGAAGGGGUCAGACAUGGCAUGAGGGCAGAGAGAUGCCGAGCCUUUCACCCCGUCUCCCACUCAUCCAUCAGUUUCUACAGCAUCCAGGUAAGAGUGGGUAUUUUCUGGGUGUGAUAAUAUAAGCCUAAAAUACCAGCAAUGGGAUCUAAGACUGGAGGUUGCAAAUUCAAGGUCAGUUGGCAGUACCUAGUGAGACACUAUCUCAAGCGUGUGUGUGCGUGUGUGCGAAUUCAUGCGUGCGUGCGUGUGUGUGUGUGUGUGUUUAAGCAAGAGCAGUCUUCGACAUUUUGGGGACUUGUUUGUUUGUUGAGAUAGGGUUUAUACUGUGUACCCUAAGCUACUCUUGAACUCCUGGGAAUCCUACUGCCUCAGAUUCCUUAGUGCUUUGGAAUCCAGAAAUGAGACAGUAAACCUGUCUCAAGUUUCUGAAAAGUAACCAAGGCAACUGUUACCACAACCCCAGGUCAAGGGUGUUAUCCUCAGUGGAGUUAGUGGAAGGCUAUGCUGAUCAGAGAGGCUUGGGCUCUCUAAGAAUCCUUGUGUUCUGUGAGUGCUGUUGAGAGACAUAAGGAGGGAGAUAGAAGGGAACGCGUCAUGUUUAAGUUGGUAACUGGUUAAGGACCCAGAAUUUGUCUUCUGUCUCCUUUCUGUGGUUCCUGUUUCAAAGACUGGAGAAGCUAGGAAGGAGUGGGGACUGGGAUGGAAAGGAGGGGAGUUGCUUAGAGAAUGGGCCAUGGGGCAGGGAUGGGAAGGAAGUAUCAGGGGCCCAGGAGAAAGCACAGUGUGGGGAUGAUCCUGAGGCCAGGCCGGUUUGAUGCUUGACGGUCCAGGUGAGGUCUAAAGGGAAGUGUCCUGAAGGGCCCUCAGGUAUGGGGCUCAGGGAAGAGAUUGGAAAUAGUCAUGGGGUGGGAAGAGGAACUGCGGUUAAGAGGGUCCAGGAGGAGCCAGGCAGUGGUGGCGCACAUCUUUAAUAAUCCCUGCUCUACAGAGUGAGUUCCAGAACAGGCCCCAAAGCUACAGAGACAGACAAAAUUUAAAAAAAAAAAAAAGGGUCCAAGAGGGGCUGGGAGCAGACUGGAUUCAUAGCAUCCACAUGGCAGUUCACUGGCCCCUUUAACUCUAGUUCUAGGGGAUUCUAUUCCCUCUUAUGUCCACCCUGGGUGCUAGGCUGCCACCUGGAGCACUUACAUACAUAUACAGGCAAAAUAGUCACACGCAUAAAAUUAAAAUUACAAAAACAAGAACUACUGGGUAACUGAAGUUCUGAAGCAGGCAAGGGGGAAGCAGAACCCGCUGAAACCUCUUGGGCCGACAUCUCGGUCCCUUUCUGCUACGGGAUGGUUAGGGCUGCUUCUUAGGGUAGGCUACUGCGCAAGUGCAAGACGGCAGAAGCAGGCGAACAGGCGCCCAGAGUUCUUGCGCAGACUGCCGUCGCUGUACCAGUCACGUGACAGCCACACUUGCGCCCAACGGUAGGUACUAAAGCCAUCUGGGCCAGAGUCCAGGCCUAGAGCGAUUUGGAGCUUUCGGGACCCUCGGCUUUUCACCACACGCACUUCAGCCCCAGUUCAGCUGUCCUUUCGCUCAGACCCCAUUUCUGUUCUGGGAACCUAAGACCUCCCCAGCUCGCGGACCCCACCAGCACCCUCCAGAGUCUCCUAGCUCUUUCAUACUGCAGAGCCUCUCCCAGGCUCAGAUUCUGCCCGCAGCCUUGAGUUUCCCUGGAAUGCCCACCCGGCCCUAAAACUCCCACUAUCACUUCUGACCCCUUGGGCCCUUGGGCUCCUGCUCUUCUGAAGUGCGGCUCCCUAGUCGGGUCUUCCAGACACCUCCUUUCCCAUCAGACCCCCCUGAAUCCCUGUCUCAACUACACCACUCUCACGCUCAGCCAGCCCUAUUGGCCUUCGCCUCCACUCUGCCCUCAGGAGCCGAUGCAUUCGCAGGCCUCACGCUUCCCGGUGGAGCUGGGCACCGUGAGGGAUCCAGAUGCCCAGGUGGGCCGUCUGCAUCGCCUAGCUCUGGCUGGAGGCCCAUGCUGGGGCCUAGCCAGGCUCCUGCGCAGAGUUGUCCAGGUAGAUGGUGAGAACUCUGCUGGGCAGACGGGGCUCUUCCUGUCGGCACUACUGGGCCACACUUCUACUGUGCGCCUCUUACUGGCCUUCGGCGCCAACCCCAACCACCGCUGCCUUGAUGGCAGCACACCUGUGCAUGCCGGUGCCUUCUCAGGCCGAGGGCUGGUGGUGUGGCACCUGCUGCAGGCAGGAGGUGACCUGCGCCUGCAUGACCGGCAGGGUCGCACGCCUAGAGACUGGGCUGAGCAGGGUGAUGCCAAGCAGAGCUGGGAGGUGCUGGAACUGUUGCGGUGGUGUCGUACCCACAUGUCAGCGCUGGUGCAGAGUGGGGAGCUGGCGCUCACUGUGUUCCCAAGUCAAUUACAAGCUAGCUCUGGACACAGCCUGUGUGGCACCCUGCCCUCACUCAGGCUGGCACGGGCAGACAGGGCACUGAGGCAAGGGCAGAUCAGGAGAUCCUCCCAAACUCCAGCCUUGGGGUUCGGCCAGGUAAGAGAGAGAGGAUGGGAGAGCAGGGACCCCUGCAUCCUCUUGGUGCUCAAAGCCCCUCUUUUCCCUCAGCUGAACAGCCUGCAGCCACCGGCACUGAUAAUGGGCAUCCCGCUGGUAGACCCCAAGGAGCUAGUACCAACCCAGGGUGAGCCUGAACGCACCUACGAGAGCAGUUCUCAAACCCUCAUGGCCAACCUCCUGUGGAAGGGGCACCCUGUUACUGUACGUCAGCUGAAGACCCCGGAAACCCGCCCUGACGUGCUGCUGGCUGACCUUCAGCACUGCAGGUUACCAGUCCCAGCUGACCGCUGGCUCCAGCAGUCCAUAACCAAGAGGAUGUGCAUCCUGCACCACCCUGGCCUGCUGCUACUGAUGGCAAUGAGCCCCUCAGAGGACCUGUCCAGACUCAGCCUGCUCUUUGAGCCAGUGUGGCUGGGCUCCCUUUAUAUCCUGCUGCACUCAGCAAGAGCGGUUGAGGAGGGUCCCCGAGCGUUGCCAGGCCUGCUGCCCAGCUCUCUGCUGCUCCAGGUGGUGGAGGCCCUGUUGUUCCUGCAGUCCCGCUGCUGGGCCCAUGGCGGCCUCAGUUCUCAUGCUGUGCAGCUAGUGCGGCCAGGCCUGGUUAAGGUGAGCCACCUAGAACACGGGCGUCCGCUGAACCAGCCCAGGCUGCAGCCCAGGCGGCAACGGGACUACCCCCAGGGAGACCCAAGUCCAGGGCUUUCCCCACCCCCUGAACUGUACCCAUGGCUACCACUUGAGCUGAUCCAUGGUGACAUGCCAGCCCCUACCUCAGACCUCUACAGCCUCUGCAUCCUGGCCCAGGAGGUCUUCACUGGAGCACUGCCGUGGGCUGGGGGAGAGGGACUGGAGGUGAAGGCAAAGCUGGAGGCAGGUGAGAGCCCGGCCCUGGACCCCUUGCUGCCAGCCCCUUAUCAGGCCUUGGUUCAAGCGGGGCUGGGCCUGGAGCCUGCUGACCGCUGGGGCAGCUUGCAGAGCACUCGCUACCUAUUGCGAAAGGCCAUGGCCAAGGACUCAGAACCAGCAGAGUGGACAGCACUGUCUCCUGUAACCCUGGGUUCCCUGCCAGAGCAUCUGUACCGUGAAGUGACCCCCAGGGCCAAGGCCAGAUCAAGGCUUGUGCUCCCUUUCCCAGACCCUUCCCAGGCCCUGGAUAGUUCUGAGAUCACAGAUCACAGCAGAGUCCAGCAGAAUGCAGCCUGGGAAUCGGGCAGCAGCUUGACUCUAGGCAGCAGCUUCAGCCCCUGCUCCAGUCUUCAUCUGGACCCCAGCUCUGCCUUGUGGAGCAGCCUCCCUGCUGGGGACCCAGGCUCUGAGGAACAGGGUGAGAGGAAGUUCUGUCAGGACCCAAGCUCUGCAGGGGCAGCUGUGGCACACAUGGGAGUGCUGUCCUGGACCCCCAUCCCUACGUGCUGACAAACAGAGGCUUCAGUGCCCAGAGAGCUGCUGCCAGGGAAGGCCAUGAGUAGAACACCCAAAGCCCCAGGCUCUGAGCCUCCGUGGCAGCUGGUGGCACCUUGCCCUUUCCUCCCACAGAAACCUGAUAGUGAGGAGAGUGAGCUGAUGGAAGGCAGUCUCUUCUCCCGGCUACAGGAGUGAGAUACAGAGGCUGUGGUGGGCGGCCCUGGGCCCCUCCCUCACCCUGAGCUAAGCCCAGGUCUGUCUGCCCUACUGCUGCCCAGGAUGGAUCUGCUGGAGGAGAUCAUGGCCGAGCUGCAGAAUAAGUGCCACCUUGAAGACACUCCCAGGCUGAGCCCCACUCUUAACCCAGACUCCUAGGGUACCCACAGCUCUCCCUGCAGACAUUACCCUGGGAGCCUUCUCAGGACUGACCCCAUUCCUCAGUGUCUGCCUCAAAGCAAAGAAAGUCCCCGGUUUCUCUCUUCUUCAUUCAGUGGCUCCAGAAGUCAAAUUUUUGCCAUUUUUAUUCA